AUGAUAAGAAAGAAGUUUGAUUUUGAUCCUAGCAGUAUUUUCUACAGCAGCGAUUUUACCAUUUUAAGUGGCAUUACCUAUUAAGAUAACAUUGCUAAAACUUUGUUGGUGAAAUUCUAACUUGAUACCAUUUACAAUAGUUAUGUCAAUCAUAGAACUUUAAACCUCGUACAAAUAAUUCAAAAUUCAAAGUUUUCUAUUUAACAAAGAAAUUAGAACAUUACUUUUUAAGACUUGUAUCACUUUCAAUAUGGUGCAGAUAACAUAUUUGAUAAGCGGUUAAAAUACAAUAAUGUCUCACGCGGCAAUAUUUUCUAACUUUGGAGGAGAUCCUUUAUAUCAGUCAAUGACGAAAAGGUAGAAAAGGUAUAACCUGAUAAUUUGAAUAUUUUAAUUGGCGAUAUUAGUGGAAUUCUUUGUUCAUUCUCAAGUGCUAUUUUCUAUCAAUUAAAUGCAAAACUUGCAUAGAAAACACCUUCAUCAGUAACAGUAACAAUAUUUGUGAUAGUUUCAAACAUUAUGAUCAUCAUAUACGGACUACUUUUCAAUAACUUUACCUUUGAUAGAGGAAUCGAAACAGGUGUCUGGGGAUUCAUGAAUUCUCAGUAUAUUCUAUAUAAUCUCUUUGUGUUGGGAUUUUUCUGUGGAGCUGUGUGCCUAUAUACUGAUAUGGAGGUUUUGAAAUACUACCCUCCAAUUGUUUUUCUGAUAGCAUGCUUGUUUGAGCCAAUUAUUUCCUAAUCAUUGUCAUGUCUUUUGAAUAUAGAUAAAGCUCCAGGUAUGUAUACUUAUAUUGGAGCAAUUAUUACAUUAUUUGGGAUAUUUGCUGUUGGAUAUGGAGGAUAGAUUAUUGAAAAAAGAAAUUAAUGA